CAGGCAUAUAAAAAGAAUUGUUCCUCCAUAGUUCCCGUAGCCGAUUCAGAUCAAAACCUAGGGUUUCGUUUCGGUGAAGAAGAACCUGAAAUCAUAAUCAUGUGGAGACGAUCAUCUUCCAAACUAUUAGCUCUCCGAUCUAUUGCCAGACCUAAUCGCAUCGUCACUCCGUCGCCAUCUCCCCUCACUCUCCGCCCUUCCGCCACUGUCCUCUCUCGUCACUUUUCAGGAAAUGUUUCGAAGAAAGUGGAAGAUGUGAUGCCUAUUGCCACUGGUCACGAGCGUGAGGAGCUUGAAGCUGAGCUUCAGGGCCGGGACAUUUUGGAUAUCAAUUUUCCUGAAGGACCAUUUGGAACCAAGGAAGCGCCUGCUGUGGUGAAAUCUUAUUAUGACCAAAGAAUUGUUGGUUGCCCCGGUGCUGAAGGCGAGGAUGAGCAUGAUGUUGUUUGGUUUUGGCUAAAGAAAGGCCAACCACAUGAAUGCCCAGUUUGCUCGCAAUAUUUUACGUUGGAGGUAGUGGGCCCAGGAGGACUUCCAGACGGGCUUGAUGAAGAUGAUCACCAUCAUCAUCAUCAUCACUGAUUGCAUUUAAUAUAUGAUGCCGGAAUAAGAAUCUGGUGAGAUAACAAGACUCGAAAGUUGAGCAGCAUCAGGAUUCUGAAAAGGUCCUGCAUUUUGUUUUGUUUUUGGUUAAAUGAGAGCAUACAUUCUUUGUGUUUUGUGAGGUGGUACACCAUUGCUUGAAUGCAUUCUAAAUAAUUAAUGGUGACAAACAUAGGCUUAGUGAUUCUUCAUUUUCACAUCAAAACCGACUUUGCAUGACUCAAUCCUUGUGCUUUGCUGGUGUAAUCUGUUUUUAUAGUUGUGGCUUGUUUAAAUCUUGAGCAAAACAGCAAUUUAA